CAGUCUUAGACAUAAUCACUCCUCGGAGACUCAAGCUCUGCUCACCACCACCUGAAGGUCACCUCCCACGUGCGCAGCCACCUCUCACCAUGACUUCCUCUCGUACCGUCCACAGCAGCUACAGCUCCCGCAGCAUCUCCAGCGCCAGCUCUCUGGGCCUGAGCGGGGCGAUGCAGUUCGGCCAGACCCGCAUAUCCACAGGCGGUCCCCUCCUGGGCCGCACGCCCAGCGUGUACGGGGGCGCGGGAGGUUAUGGGACCCGCAUCUCCCAGGCCACUUUCUUUAACACCUCCGGCUCCGGGUCACUGAACUCGUUUGGCGACACUGCAGUGAUCAACAACGAGAAGGUGACCAUGCAGAACCUCAACGACCGCCUGGCCUCCUACCUGGAGAAGGUGCGCUCCCUGGAGGCAGCCAACAAGAAGCUGGAGCUGCAGAUCAGAGAGUACUAUGAGAAGAGAAGUCCCACUGCCUCCAGAGACUACACCGCCUUCUUUGCCACCAUCACUGACCUCCGUGCUAAGAUCGCAAGGAAGUUGUCAGAGAAUCAAAGUGUCAUCCUGCAGAUUGACAAUGCCCAGCUGGCUGCUGAAGACUUCAAACUGAAAUACGAGACGGAGCUGCACGGGCGUACAAUGGUGGAGGCCGAUGUGGCUCGUCUCCGAGGGGUCCGGGACAGCCUGACUCUGGGCAUCAGCGACCUGGAGAUGCAGAUCGAAGGUCUGAAAGAGGAGCUGGCAUACCUCAAGUCCAACCACGAGGAGGAGAUGCAUCUGCUGAGGAUCCAGCAGAGUGGUACUGUGAAUGUAGAGGUGGACAGUGCAGAGUCUGUUGAUUUGACAAAGAUCCUGGAGGAAAUGAGGGAGCAGUAUGAAGCUGUGGUCGCAAAGAACAAGAUGGAGGUCGAAAAGUGGUUCCAAACUAAGGUGGAGACUCUCCGGACAACAAUCUCUGCCUGCACAACAGAGGUGAAGACAUCUUACUCAGAGCUGUCAGAGCUGAAGAGGACCUACCAGAGUUUGGAGAUAAAUCGUCAGAGCGUCCUCACAGAGUUGCAGUGCAUGCAGCAGAGUCUGGAAGAAGUGAAAAGUCGAUACAGUGUUCAGCUCAGUCAGCUGCAGGUGAUCAUUAACAGGAUGGAGGUCGAGCUGCAGCAGCUGAGGGCUUCCAUUGAGCAGCAGCAGUCUGAGUACAACCUGCUGCUGGACCUCAAGAUGAGGCUGGAGCUGGAGAUUGCAGAGUACAGGAGGCUGUUGGAGGGAGACCUGUAUGAGAAAAAGGCUGUGGUCAUCCACAGGGUGGAGGAGAAGGUGGAGGAGCAUAAACCCCACAUCGAGAGGCGAGUGAAGACCAUUGUGGAGGAGAUUGUUGAUGGAAGGGUGGUGUCCUCCUCAGUUGACACCCAAGUGGAAGACAUUCAGUAAAACCUCUGCUGCAACUAAACCUAAUUUUUUAUGAUGAUUUGGCCCAAAAAUAGUCAUUAAUUGAUUCCUAUAAUAUCUGCUUAAUGAAUGAUUUACAAGAGCUAACUGUUAAGUACAGUACAGUUUGCAUACUUAAAUUAUUAUACAGCAAGGCUCACUCUGGCAAGUCUGAAGAAUGAAAGUGUGAAACCAAACCAAAACAUGAUUAAAAGACAGAAAACCAAGAUGGAAAUGUGUAUUCCUAAUCUCAAUGUGUGUUACAAAUCAGAAAUGUGGAUUUUAGUUUCACCAUUGAUUUUUAAUUGGCGUAAUUUAAUUAGAGAUGUCACUUGCAAAAAACCAAAACAAAAAAAUCACUUUUUGUAUUGUCCAUUUUAGGUCACUGACAAUAAUAAAAAGAAAAAGUUUUUGUUGCAUGAGAUAAA